UUUGUUUAUCGCAACAUAUCGUAAGCAAGUGUGUGCAUUGUGUCCGUUUCCCUGUGCCGUGAGGCAAACGUCAACAGAGGAGCGUUCAGUGUUUGCAUGGCAUAAAAAAUCCCUCCGGCCGUUUGCAAGCUUUCAAACACACUCCAACACAGACAAACAUACGCCUGCAUACAACAGACACGAACACUUACAUGCACAUCCCUUCGGAACGCGCAGUUGUGAUGUAAGGAAAAGUCAACAAGGAAAACUUUGCGUUCGGUUCGCGUGAGCAAAACACAGUUGCAAGUGAGCUGCGGUUCUGGUCCGUCGACGGUUCGGCUGGCUCAACGGUGGAUGUCAAUGUUCGUGUCAUAGGGCAGGUUGCUUUUCUCUCGCAAAAACAGAACCAUUUACAGACAUACAAGUGGUUCGACAGGGUGUACUACGUAACGCAAAUUUUCCCAGUGACAAAGAAAAACACGUCAAAUACGAGUGAAAACCUUCUUUCAGUGUGUUUGUGUGAGUGUAUAAGCGAUUGCCAUCAAUAUUGCAAGAGCAGCAUCAAUUCGUGCAUCAAGAUUAACUCUCCAGCGCUGAAGCAGGACGAGCAAAACAUCAUUACUAAUCCUGGUACAUUCUGGAUUCGUGACGACGUGGAAACAGUGGGAGCGUGUUUGUUUUUUAGCACUUCCCCCGGCCGGAAGGAAAUCUUAAGCAGCAGACAAAGACACCCAUUUCCAUCGGAUCCAGCUGCGGACAAAGCAAAGUGGCACGAGAUCCGGAGAGAAAGACUCGUCGCGUCUCGUCUCGUCUUAGCCAAGCGCACUCCGUUUGCACUCCUGCUGUGACUCACCCAACCCAUUCGGGAAGCGAAAGGGGGCGGGAAAAAAAGAGGAAAAGGCAACCAUCCGUUUUAGCUGUUUUGGUGUGUGGUUUUCUGUGCAGCGGACAAAAUGGCACUCGAUUUUGCGGCCACGUACAAGGUGCUGGUGCUGGGCGAUUCCAACGUUGGCAAGACGUGCAUCGUCCAUCGUUACUGUGACGAGCGGUAUUACGACACGUACAUUUCCACGAUCGGAAUCGAUUUCAAGCAGAAACUCAUCAACCUGGACGGUGUGCCGAUCAAGCUACAGAUCUGGGAUACGGCCGGCCAGGAGCGGUUCCGGACGCUGACAACUGCCUACUACCGUGGUGCGAUGGGCAUACUUCUGAUGUACGACGUGACGAGCCUGGAAUCUUUCAACAACCUGUCCUACUGGCUACGGAACAUUCAAGAGAACGCGGCUCCAGAUGUGGUGAAAGUUCUGGCUGGCAAUAAGUGUGAAUGCAAUCCACCACAGCGAGCAGUCGACAAAGAACGAGGCGAAAAGAUUGCGGAAAACUUUGACAUGCCGUUCUUCGAAGUGUCGUGCAAACAGAAUAUUAACAUCGAGGACGCAUUCCUGACGCUGGCCCGAAAGAUUCGCGAACAGAGAGAACAUCGGGGUGAAAACUUCGAUGAUGGCGAUCGUCAGAAGGGCCUGCAGGAUAUGAUCAAGAACGGACCCGGCUCGAACGGACUGGGCCCAUUUACGUUAGGCAGUGGUGGGGACGGUGGACGCUGUUCGUGCUAAAGUGGUUGCCACACGAAGGAAAACACCUCGAGGCAACGU